AUGUUUUUCUUUUACAGAAAAUUUCGCGCCAUAAUUUAUUACAACUUUCAGAGACAAUUAUCGCAACAAGAAUGCCUUGCCGAGUUACUGUCUGUUUUCGGCAACGAAGCGCCACAUCAGUCGACAAUUCCAAAAACGGCAGUCACUCAGGAAAACGUCGAUGCUGAGCGCAAAAUCGUCAUUGAAGAUAGACAUGUGACAUAUCGCGAGAUUGAGGCGUCCUUGAAAAAAUUAGUAUCUCGUUGGAUACCCCACCUGUUGGCUGGAGAGCAGAAAGCAGCCAGGGUUAAUUGGUGUCAAAAAACGCUUGACCUCAUCCGUUCUCGAAGCGUUUCGAAAAAGAUGGUCGCGACAUUUGUGUCAAAAGCGGGUCAUUUCGCAACAAUUCCUCUUAAUGAGCGAAGAACUGUUACUGCGGAUUGGUAUACCACCAUUUGUUUGCCAAAAGUCAUCACCGAGCAUCGAAAAAUUAACCCCGAAAGAAGAAUCAUCCCCCACCAAGACAAUGCAAGCUCGCAGACAGCCCAAAAAACAAGGCAGUAUUUAACGGAAGAAAACGUGGAAUUAUUGGACCAUCCUCCAUAUAGUCCCGAUCUAAGUCCUAACGAUUUCUUUACUUUCCCGAAAAUUAAAAACAGACUGCGUGGUCAAAGGUUCCAGUCACCGGAAGAAGCAUUUGACGCAUUCAAAAACGCCGUUUUGGAUCUGCCAGCAAACGAGUGGAAUAGGUGCUUCGAAAGUUGGUUCGAGCGCAUGCAGAUGUGUAUUAAUCUUCGUGGAGAAUACUUCGAAAAACAAUAA